AUGUAUUUUAAGGUACAUGGGAUAAGUUUGGAAGAUGAAGAAGAUGAGGAAGAUAAAGAAAAUGAGCUUGAUGAUAAUGCAAAUGAUGCGGGUGGUGGAGGACAAACUAGUAAUGAAGAUUUUAAUGAUCGACGGGAGGUGGAAUUUCUUCAAGGGCAGCCUGUAGGUCCAACCAACAAGGUUGUAUCUGACCUCAACCAACUAUUGGGCACAACAGUUAGAAACCCUCGUUUUGUGACUUUGUUAUAUACAAGUUGGCAUGGUGUGCCUAAUAAACUCAAAGAGCACAUGUGGGAGUAUGCCAAUGCUAUCUCUGCUAAGAAUAUUGAAAAUAGGUUAAAACAAACAUAUCCUCACCGAAUAGGAUCCACAAAUUUUGGAAUAGUGCGUAAGCAGCUGCGUGACUCUAAAGAGAACAGUGAAGAACCAUCAAGGGCUGAAGUUUUCAUAGCAACUCGCACAAGUAAAAAAGGAAAAGAAAUUGAUGCUAAAACACAAGCCACAAUUACUGAACUUCAGAACCGCUUAGAAAUAGGAGAAAAUAAAGAGGAUGCAUUUGUAGGAGUGUUAAGAAAGGACCAACCAGGUCGAGUUCAUUGUUAUGGGGCUUCGAUUACAAGAAGCUCUCUUAAAAAGGAUGAGGAGAUUUGCCACAUAAAAGUUGAAUAUAAAGAUAAGGUCUCAUCAUUAGAGAAGAAGAUGGACGGCGUAUGUGGUUUAUUAAAGGUAUUGGUGCACCAACUCAACCCUUUAAUAAGCGAUGAAGAGGUAGCAGCGUUAGUUCAAGCUGCCCAAGAUUCUCCUUUGGAUACCUCAAGUAGCAGAGCAAGAAAUACUCCUCGCUCCUCCGAAUCAACUCACAUUCCAUACAAGGAUGAUGGCUCAGGAGCAGCAAGAGAAUUGGCAGCAGAAAAUGAUGUAGCAGCAAGAGAAUUGGCAGUUGAAAAUAAUGGAGCAACAAGAGAAAUUCCAGCAAAAGAUGAUGGAUCAGCAAAAAGAAUUCCAAGCAAGAUCUUUAGAUCGGCAAAUAGAAUAAUCGACUCAAUUCCAAUAAUCAUUCAACAAAUUGUUCCAACAACAAACUGA